AUGUUAAAGGUAGGCCAGAGACACAUGGGUCGUGUGAUUCGGAUCGGUGAUUUUGCGUCCACGCGGCGGGUCAUUACGUUAGAUGACGUUAAAGCGUUCGGGCCGCUUGUCGGCGAUUCCAACCCUAUUCAUGUGGAUGAAGCUGCGGCGAAGGCUGCUGGUUUUCAGUCUCCAGUUGUGCAUGGGAUGCUAGCCGGUUCUCUUUUCUCAGGGCUGUUGGGGUCAGAGCUCCCGGGGCCGCAGUCGAUUUACAUGAGCCAGACAUUGCGCUUCGUGGUCCCUCUGUUUGUUGGCGACGAGGUGGAGGCGCGUAUCGAGGUGACUCAAUUCAGAAGAACGAAGUUUAUGAUAGCUUUCCGCACGACCGUGUUCCGCAUUGACAAGCAAACAGGGGAAAAAACCCUCUGUAUCGAAGGCACUGCGGUGGGCAUGAACAAGACAGUUACCUUUGAAGGUGAGAGCGAGUGGAAUGUGCCCCGUGUCGAGUAG